AUGUCUCCUCGUUUUUUCUCCUCCACCGGGUUUCUUCUCCGCUUCGUCACUCGCCGCAUCUCGUAUCCCCAACAUGCAACUCGUCGUCCCCGAGGCCUUAUCGACCAGGUCAUAGGUGCGGUCGUGCAAAAUACACCCGAUCGCAAAUUCCCCGUCAACCCGAUCCAGAACGUCAAGGAAAACGGUCACCCAGUCAUCAUUCGCCUGAUUUUCAGUUGCGCGAUGGUGUUCAACUAUCAUGAUAGAGGGAAGGCGGUUCAGUUGAAGGCUGUUGAUGAGAUUGGGGGUGCUAGAGAGGCUUUUUGUGAGAGUGUAGCGGAGAAGGGAAGUUCUAUGGGCACCUACAGGUUUGUCAGCAGGUGGCGGUUGGAGUUAUCAUCGUCGGUGCUCUUGCUACGUUGCUGGCUAUUGCUGGGCUUAGUUUCCGCUUCGUACGAAAGAAAAAUAGACGAGGAGUCGUGGAAGAGGAAGGAUAACAUGCCGAAGCGGAAACUGAAUGAUAACAAGGUGGAGCUGGAAGAUCAGACGAUAGAAUCUGUCCGUACGUUGCCUGAAACGUUGGCUAUCUGGCCUGUGCGCUAG